CUCUUAUAACAGCCACUAGGCACACCUUCUUUCUUUAUCUCCUGAUCUGGCUCUUCUACACACAAGACAUUUAGAGGAGCCUGUCCCCAGUUAGACAUCACAUCAAUGGCUCAUAUGAAUGGGACACAGUUUCCUGUCCAUGCAGUGAACCAGCCUCUAACUAACCCCAACAACUCCAGCAGCUCAUGGCAGACAGAAGCAGUCAGGGGUAUCGAAAUAACAGUUACCCUGCUCAUCUUCCUGGUGGGCGUACCUCUGAACGGGCUGGUGGUGUGGGCACUUGGAUUACGAAGUCAUCGUCAUCUGGUGCGCAGAGGCAGCAGUGAGGAGACACGCGCUGCCAGCAGUUUCCGUGUUUAUGUCCUGAACCUGGCCAUAGCUGACCUGGUGCUGGUCCUCCGCACCCCUCUGAUGUUGGGCUACCUCGCUCACAAAUACAGCUGGCCGUUUGGCCGUGGUUUCUGCCACCUGAUCAUGUUCCUGCGAGGCCUGGGGUUGUACGCCUCAGCGUUCCUCCUCUGUGCUGUGGCCCUGGAGCGAUGCCUGUGUCUGCUGAGGCCUGUGUGGGCUCGACUGCGAAGGCCCUCCUGGGCUGUUCCUCUGGCCUGUGGCAUCUUGUGGCUGGUGGCCACAGUCCUGUCUGCCCCCUACUUCUACACUGCAGUCCUAAGGGAAAGCAAUGGGACAUACCACUGCCUGGAGAGUGGGCAGUUUAACAUGGGGCUGUUUCUCACAGAGACGGUAGCAGGUUUCAUCUUGCCCCUGCUGGUGUUCCUGGGAAGCAACCUUGCUGUAUUGCUCACCAUUAAGCAAGCAGUGCCCCCAACACCCACCUCCACCACCCCUUCAGUUGCACGCAAGAUGACUAGGAUGUACCACGUGCUUUUUUUCACCAUGCUCCUCUUCCUCACCUGCUGGGUGCCCUAUUUCGUUUGUCGGUUCCUGCGGGCCUUGGCCAAGGAACAGUAUAAGCCAAUAGUAUAUGGCACGUACAUCUCUCUGUACCUGGUGUACAUCAAGAGUGCUCUUAACCCUGUGCUGUAUGUGUUUGCUGCCCGAGGCUUAGGCCGUGCUAUCAAAGCUUCGGUUGUCUCCACUGUUGAACGACUUUUCAAUGAUGACUCUAUGGAGUCCAUACGAAGGAAGUCACUUAAGAACUCACAGAUGUAGCUGAGAUGUUUUGAGAUUUUAAGUAGUUUUGAUAUGUUAAAAACAUAAAUGCCUUUCAUCUAUGAAAAGUGGAGAAUGUCUUAAGUAUUACUUUUUAUUGCUUGAUUCCUCCAUUUGUGCAAAUUGCUCAUACCCCUAAAAAGUGAGCAUGGUAAAUAAAUUAAAGACAGGUUUCAGGAGCUGAGCUGUAUAAAGGAGUGUUACUGUAAAGCACUUGCCUGAGGCCAGUGUCUUCCAAAUCAAUCUGAAAGAUACAGCAAAUGGAGAAAUAGGUGGAUCUCAUGUCUCACAUUUAGAGAUGUAAUCCUGUUGAUUGCUUUGACUGUACCUUAAAGAGAUCUUAGUUGAAUCAUAGUUUGAUUGCACUUCCUUCUGUCAUUUCACCAUGUAGCAAAGACAUUCUGACAGGAGAUUCUCUCCACUGGAGAUCACUGAUGUGAAAAAGUUUGAUUUAAAGUCUUGGAUCGAUGUUGGCUGACAAACAAUGUAACAUAACUCAACACCUGUGAUUUGUCAGGAGCAGAAAAAGUAUGGCACAACAGUGAAGUGUAGAAGGACUACUUGUUUUAUCAAACAGUGAACCAGGCAAGGUUUCACUAUCGUCAGCCAAGAACAAGAAGAUACAUGGUCAGUAAAACUAAAUGACUAAAGACUCCAAAAAUGCAGCUUUUGUUGCAGCAUGCUGAAGGCAGGGUCAUAACUGGCAGAAAAGUGAAUUCAUGAAGCAUCUUGUCUAUUAGCUCAUGGGAAGGAAACAUUUCCUUGGUAAAUAACAAACCAAAAGCAAUGCAUUGCAGUGUUGCAAUUUCCAGGCACCAGAGUAACCUGUGACAUAUGGGUUCCUGUGAAAAAUAACACCAUUAAGCUUGCAUGUGCUGUCUCAAGAGUGGUCUAAGGAACCGAUACUCUGUUCAUUCGAGCAUUAGAUUUCCACAUUAAAAAAGGUCCUAUUCUUCAUAUCUGGUGCUACUUGUUUCUACUGGAUAACCCAGUGAAUGUAUGUCUGUAGGCUCUGAAGUACAACAUGCUGAGCAGGAAGUAAAUAUGUUGCAGUAUCAUCAUUACAUUGCAAAUGUACCAUGUCCAUGACUGAACUUCAUAUGAUGGCUUAACUAUUGUUGUUUAUAAAUGCAAAAAAAACAAACAAAAAAACUUGGUAGCACUUUAUAUUUUUUCUGUCUACAAUUAAACAUGAAAAACAAAAGUCA